AUGAAUGUUACGAGGAACAACACCUUGGAAUUUUUCAAUACCGUUGAAAGUUUAGAGAAUUUGGAGGACAAAUUAGUUAUGAAUAAUUUUGAGAACAAGGAUAUUUUGAUGGAAAAGAUAUCUUCUACUCAGAAAUCUAUUUUACCCAUUAGAUUACUAUUUAAUGAAUUUAUACAAACGAUGGCUCUUUUAAACGAUGGUAAAGGUCAUAAGACUGAAAAUAAUAACGAAGAGGCUCUAGCUAAAUUUUAUUUGGUCAGAGACAAGUUGGUUAGACUAAGUGAAUGUCUACAAAAUUUAUCUUCUGAUAUGAGCAACUUAAAACCUUUGUUUGAUUUAAUUUCUGAAUAUUCUCUUAAAAAUAACAGUAAGCAAUUUGAUCCAUUAGAGACUCUAAAACAAAUUGAUAAUGAUGUUUUCAACAGUCAAGCUGCUUUAGCUACAAAUGCAGCUGAUUCACAAAAUAAUGGGAAGACUAAAGCUAAAAACUCAACCUCGACAGCUGCCACACCAAACAGUAGCGUUAAUACUCCAAUUACAAACCUUGGCAGUCAAACCAUACUUUCUAAUACAAAUGCGUCUGUGCCAGCUCUAGCAACAACUCCUACAACAGUUACAAAAGGUGCUUCUGUGGCGAGUGCAUCAUCAAAAUCUGUUACAGCAAAUCUAAGCUCAGUUAAUGUACCAGCUGCGACAACAAAGAAGCCAAGAAAGCCAAGACAAACAAAGAAGUCGACGGCUACUAGCAAGAAACUACAAUCGAACUCAGCAGCUUCUCCAAUGAAUCCUCCAACGCCAUCAAAUAUAACGGCUAAUAAAAGAGCCAAUAAAGCAAGUGCGCAAACUGCACAAUCUACAGGCAAUAUGCUGGGCAUGAACGGUUCUCAACAAAAUGUGGCCGGUAAUAUGAAUAAUAACAACAAUAAUAACAUGGUACAAAGAAACAAUAGCAUAUCAAUGAACUCGCAAGAUUUCAUGGCAAUGCAAUAUAAGAACGGCAAUGGUAAUGGCAAUGCACCAAUGAACAACCAAAUGAUGAACAACCAAAUGAUAAAUAAUCAAAUGAUAAAUAAUCAAAUGCUGAACCAACAACAAAUGAAAAUGAAUAAUAUGGGAAACAUGAAUAUGGGCAACAUGGGAAAUAUGGGCAAUAUGAACAACAUAAACAACAUGAAUGGCAUGAGCAACAUGAACAAUAUGAAUGGCAUGAAUAAUGUGAAUAACAUGGGAAACAUGGCCAAUAUGAACAAUAUGAACAACAUGGCCAAUAUGAACAACAUGAACAACAUGAAUAACAUGAAUCACAUGGGAAACAUGAACAACAUGAAGAUGAAUAUGAACUCUAUAACACCAGCCAAUAUUCUAAGCAUGAACGUUCCUCAAGAUGUAAAUGCCAUAAAUACAAAUAAUAAAACUACUGCCAACAAGACGAAUAAAGCAAGCAAAUCUAAUAAACCUGCGAAGACUAACCAAACACAAGGCCAAUCGCAGAGCAGAAACCAACCACAAGCACAACAGACGGGCUCACAAAGUAUAGGAAACUUGGAUAUGAAUGAGUUUGAUCUAUUAGAUUUAAAUAACCUCGAUUUCGGAGGUAAUAUAGAUUUUGGAAAUAGCAUGGAUUUCGCAUGA